GAAGUUCGUGCGGUGAACACGGUGAGCAGCAGCUGAGAGCAGAAAGCAGAAGAUUGAAUGUAAAAAACCAUGGCCGUGAGAGGUUAUGAGAAAGCUCUUGGUUUGUUGAGGACAUUGCCUCGCGUUUGCUUGUAUAACAUUGCACCGAUCCCAGGUUCUAAUAAACGGAGCAAAAGAGGCAGAGGUCAACAUGGAGGAGAUAAACAUGGAGCAGGAAACAAAGGUUCGAAAGCAAGACAGAACUACAUGCGAAUAGGAUAUGAAACUGGAAACUGGCCAUAUUACCUGAAAUUUCCUUUUGAACCGUAUUAUCUUGGACAUCAUUUGAAGAGGCAAUACCCACCCCUGUCACUUGGUCAACUGCAAUUAAUGAUAGAUACAGAUCGAAUCAACCCUAAAAAACCUGUUGAUUUAGUUCAGAUUUGUAAUUCUGGUCUCUAUAAAAUUAAUCCACAAUGUAAACAUUAUGGAGUUCAUUUAACAGAUGAGGGAGCAGAUAACUUUACAGCAAAAAUAAAUAUUGAGGUACAAUGGGCAAGUGAACCUGUGAUUGCUGCUGUAGAGAGGAAUGGUGGAACCAUCACAACUGCAUUUUUUGAUCCACCCUCUCUUUUUGCUCUCACAAAUGCUAAAAAGUUCUUAGAAAGUGGGGAACCAAUUCCGAAAAGAAUGAUACCCCCUGAAGAUGCAAUUAGUUACUACACAGAUCCAAAAAUGAGGGGUUAUCUUGCAGAUCCUGACCAGAUAUCGUGGGAUCGACUAGUCCUAGCCCAAAAAUAUGGAUAUACGCUACCUAAAAUUGAAGAGGACCCAGAUUAUGAAAUGCUUACUUUUAGAAAAGAUCCUCGUCAAAUUUUCUAUGGACUUGAGCCUGGUUGGGUUGUUAAUUUGAUUGACAGAAUGAUCUUGAAACCAACUGAUCCUGAACUCAAAGAAUAUUACAAAGGUUAAAGUACCCAUGUGAUAUAUGGGUAUGUUAGCAAUUCUUGUUUGUUCAUGCCUCAGAAUGUAAUACAUUAAACAUUAGACAUCGUUGUACUUGUUGAAUGAAUAUGCCAAGAAAGUUUCAUGUUAAAGAUGAACAA